ACAUCCUGUUUCUCCUGGCUACCUCAAGAACUAAUUGACUAUAUCCUUGAUUUCUUGGUCAAUGACGCUCGGUCCCUCAAAGCCUCCUCUCUGGUCUGCCGUUCUUUCCUCCACCGAACUCGUGUUCAUCUGUUCUGGCGAUUUCGCAUCACUGAUGCCCGCUCCUUGAGCGAGCUUCACGAGAUGUUCCGAAAGUCUCCCCAGAUACCUCACCAAGUCAGACAAUUAACCCUUCACGAUGUUACGAGCGAUAGAGUACGAGACUCCGAGCACCUUGCACCUGUGAUCUCGUCGCUCUCUUGCUUGCGAACCAUCAUGUUCAUCAACAUUAAGUGGACAUUGCUGCCACAGGCCUCACAAGACGCACUCUCUUCACACGCUUUCCAAACCAUCCUCUUGCGUAAUACCGAUAUGACCACAUCCAACUUACGUUCCCUCGUCUCUAGCUCUUACGACAGUCUUGAUGGGCUCGAGCUGAAUGGAACACAAGUCACCGGGUCUUUUCAGCGCAGCGUAGGAUCCUCUCUACGCAUACAGACUCUGUCUCUAUGUUAUGCGCCUCUUCGCUACGAGUUAUUUUCACAGACCCUGCCCUCUUUUCUUUCAUUGGGGCAUGUCCACACCCUCCAUGUGUUGUUGCCAGAUCUUUCCUCGACGCGCUGUCUCCAAAAGGUGCUCUGUGAGCAGCUCUGUUCACUUCAGCACCUUAGAGUUACACAUCCACUGGGGUUUUGUGAUUUGGAACGUCUUACCUUGUCUUAUCGCCUUCCAAUUUCAGGGUUACUAUCCCUUAUCGUGGAACUAUGGGACUUCUACGAGCAGAAUAUCAGGCAAUGCUCAGUGAUCGAGCGGGUCACCUUCCGCCUUCCAUUGUAUGACUAUUUGUGUGAUUACGGGGCUUGGAAGACUUUGGAGCGCUAUCUGUCUGAGGAGGGGAGUAAUCCUUACCUCAAAGACGUCGUAAUUCGCCUGGACGCGAAUUGGCCAACCUUUUCAUUCGCUAAAUCUGCCAAGCUCGCCAUGGAGAGUCAGUUCACGGAUAAGCGAGUUCGUGUUGUGGUUACAAGUCGGUCUUUCCUGACGUUUCGAAUUGUUCUGGGCUCUGACGCGG